AUGGAUGCUUCACCUUCUCGUGAAGAUGUUUCAUCAUAUGCAAGUGUUGGAUUUGAAUUGCUACCACCAACAACACGUGUUCGAUCACAGCAACGAGCCGAAAGUGCAGCAAGUCAACUUUUCUUAACACCAGACAAAACAACAACAAAACAUUUUACAAAACAGCAUACAUUCCAAGUUAAAAAGAAAAACAGAAUAGAACCAAUCGAAAAACCAACAUCACCACGGAGGGAUAUUCUUCCAUCUCAAGAAUAUCAAUAUCACAAUAUUUAUCUAUUCGACAUUGAUCAUAGUGACAACUGA